CCUGCUGAAGUUCCCUGGCUUUCACCAGGCACGGAGGCUCAGCCCCGUCGUGCCCAAGCCUUGCAUCCGCUUGCAAGCUGCAGGUGGAUAGUGGUUAUUGAGAGAGAUUUCUUCAGGUGAAGGAGAUGGGCUUCUACAUCAGCUCCUUGUCCAGAGCUGUCUGUGGCUGGACUCCCAGUCACCCCCAAGACAUUAUCAGGUGUCUCCAAGCUACAAUUACAGAUAGACAGAUCUUCACUACGAGGCUAGCAGGGGCAACGUGGAGAAACUCCAACAACUCCUAAUGACCUCAGACAGGGAGCUGGUUGACAGGAAGGAUUACUAUGGCAAGACUCCAUGCUACUGGACUGCGUAUAAAGGGCAGAAGCUUUCCAUGGAGUUACUGCUACAACAUGGAGCCAGCGUGAACACUUGCUGUAUACAUGGAGGAAUGCCCCUUCAUGCUGCCAUUGGCCUCUUCCCAGACUGCACUCUGCUGCUGAUACAGGGAAGGUGUUUUGAAUCCACUGCCACCUAAUCGCCAUGUGAUGUGGCUCCUGUUGCGAUUCUCAGAAUGUCUCUGAACUCAAAUGUGGAAAAUCUUCUAACUGGGCAGCACCUAAACCAGCCCAGUUCAAGGUCCCCAUUGUGCAAAAGGGGCUACUAAUAAUAGAUGUCUCAGUUUUGAGAUUUUCAAUUUAAGAAUAUAGGGGCCUGAUUUUUCUUAGGAUGCUGAGCACCACAACUCCAAGUGAAGUCCAAGAGAGCUGCACCUGAAAAUAGGGCCUUAGGUGUUUACAAUUAGACAUCCAAAACUGCAAGUACACAAAAUCAGCGCUCACUUUAGAAAAUAUGAGCCUAAGCUUUUGGCCCAUCCUCCACCCUGGGGCACGUGUCUAAUUUGUAUCUUGGAGAACAGAGUUUCCAACCCUGCUAGGAAGCUAUUUGUGAUCAAAGAAUGUUCAGCUUAAAAUCCUUCCCCCUUUUGCAAGGGGCAGCCAUUUAUAAUGUAUUAUGUGUUUGCAGCUACAGCUGCAUGUGACAGUCCACAUUUCAGCUGUGGCCUUGAACAUCUGGAUAGGGGGUCAGAUCCAGGGCACCUCAGCAAGGAAAAGUGGGUCAAGUGAAGCAUUCGUCCCCUCCCCCCAUCCCUAGCAAAGAAAUGUGGAGCCCUUCCUUGAAGUAAAAGUAACACCUACUAAAUAUAGUAAAGCUGGUCUCAAAGUGCUAAUAGGAGGGGAUUUAUCACAGUAGAGCAGUGACACUCAGGCAGACAUUUGGUAGCUGCAAGUGGCUCUUUAAUAUGUCUCCUUUAAUGUGAUUUAAUUAUUAACCAAUCAGGAUGCUUUCAAUGAAUUCUCACUUCUGUGGCUCUUUUGGGUAAUGUUGAUCACUAAUUUGGCUCGUGACCCACUGGGGUCUGAGUAUCACUGCAUUAGAGACAUCCCAUGUGAAUCCUCAUUCUGUGCCAGAUGCUUGUAAUUCUGACUUGUCAGUGUCCCACUGAGAUAGAUGGGAUGAGUCUCUUGUUUGCAGGGAUGGGAAACAAAUAUUAAAGCAGUUGUUUUUAUUUAAAUAAUGAAACAGAAUGAUGGGAAGCUUCCAAAAAGCUAAUGAGAGACCAAGGCAGGUCCUGCUCAAGAAAGCUAAUGCAUUUUGGGAUGUAUAUGUAGGGGCAUUGCCAGCAGAUCGAGGGACGUGAUCGUUCCCCUCUAUUCGACAUUGGUGAGGCCUCAUCUGGAGUACUGUGUCCAGUUUUGGGCCCCACACUACAAGAAGGAUGUGGAAAAAUUGGAAAACGUCCAGCGGAGGGCAACAAAAAUGAUUAGGGGACUGGAACACAUGACUUAUGAGGAGAGGCUGAGGGAACUGGGAUUGUUUAGUCUGCGGAAGAGAAGAAUGAGGGGGGAUUUGAUAGCUGUUUUCAACUACCUGAAAGGGGUUCCAAAGAGGAUGGAUCUAGACUGUUCUCAGUGGUAGCGGAUGACAGAACAAGGAGUAAUGGUCUCAAGUUGCAGUGGGGGAGGUUUAGGCUGGAUAUUAGGAAAAACUUUUCCACUAGGAGGGUGGUGAAACGCUGGAAUGCGUUACCUAGGGAGGUGGUGGAAUCUCCUUCCUUAGAAGUAUUUAAGGUCAGGCUUGACAAAGCCCUGGCUGGGAUGAUUUAGUUGGGGAUUGGUCCUGCUUUGAGCAGGGGGUUGGACUAGAUGACCUCCUGAGAUCCCUUCCAACGCUGAGAUUCUAUGAUUCCUUCUAUAAUAACCCUUCUACAAUAACUCAUAUGUCCCCUGAAGUUCUUCUGAGGCUGCCCUGUUUGGCUUGGGGACCCUCUACUGUGCAAUCAGACACACAGAGUACGUGGCAAACUGGGAUCAUUACUAAAGUGAGUUGCAGAACUCUGAUCUAGUUUGGGUUCUGUCCUGAUGUCUGAAUGUAGGAAUUGCCACACUGGAUUGGACCCAGGGUCCACCUGGUCCAAUCUCCUGUCUCUGACAGUGGUCAGCGUCAAAUGCUUCAGAGGAAUGUGCAAGAAUGCCAAAAUAAGUAGUUGUUUUAUAAUCUGUUCCUAUGAACGUCUCAGAUCUACUGCCCAGGUUACACUGUGGGUGAGUAGCAGCAGCUCCCUGUGCAUCUGAAGGGGAUCUGAUUAUACAGGCAGCAGAUGGGAAAGAUACAAAACAGUUAGUGACUAGUGGAGCUGGGGCUGGGAGAAGGAAAUAGAGCAACUCAAGGACUAUUUUCACCUCUAGCAAGGAAACCCAAAGACUUUCCCUGCUACUAGGCCAGAGGUUCUCAAACUUUUGUGCUGGUGACCGCUCUUACACAGCAAGCAUCUGAGUGUGACCCCCCCCCCCUUAUAAAUUAAAAACACUUCUUUAAUAUUUAACAUUGUUAUAAAUGCUGGAGCCGAAGCAGGGUUUGGGGGUGGAGGCUGACAGUUUGUGACCCCCAUGUAAUAACCUCGCAACCCCCUGAGUGGUCACGACCCCCAGUUUGAGAACCCCAGUUUUCUUCUGGUUUCAGAGGAGCAGCCAUGUUAGUCUGUAUUCGCAAAAAGAAAAGGAGUACUUGUGGCACCUUAGAGACUAACCAGUUUAUUUGAGCAUAAGCUUUCGUGAGCUACAGCUCACUCAGUCACUCAUGGCUUGCUCACUUUUCUCCCUGCUCAGGCCUGUACUAUAUGCUAUAUGCCUUUGUGUGUGAUCUUUAGCACCACCAUUAAUUUCAGGACUUAGUGACCAUUACAGAGCGGGCAUGGGGGUGCCUGUGUGUCUGGCUGCCAGGCCUGAUUAUUGCAGCUUUUUGGUAAUUCAGACAUGUAUGUAAUUUUAAAAUGGAGUUGUUUUCUCCCCUUCCCUCAGCAUGGUGCUGAUGUGAACCUUCAGGAUAACUGGGGAGUGACCAUGUACCUGGCAGCUUGCAGUGGGCAGAUAGAGUGUAUCCGGCUUCUGGUGCAGGCUGGCGCUGACAUCACUUACAAGAACAAGGAGUAAAAUGCUGAAGAUCGUGCUGUGUCUGCUCCAAGUGUCAGAUCCCUGUUCCCCACACCAGCUCAUCCUGAGGACUGCAGCAAGCCUCUGGCAUGGAGGAGUGGGGAUGCCAGGAGGACCCUGCAGAGUACUGUGCAGGAGGCUACUACCCUGUGCAGAAGGGAGACACAUUCAGUGGAAGAUACCAGGUGGUGCACAAGCUGGGCUUUGGCUACUUCUCUACAGUCUGGUUGUGCCAGGACAUGGUAGAGAAGCGGCAUGUAGCUGUGAAGGUGGCCAAGGGUGGGGAGAGCUUUGCUGAGGCUGCCCAGGAUGAAAUCUCUCUCCUCCAGUGUGUGAGCAGCAUGAAGAAGAAGGACCGGGCAGGGAAGAAUAUUAUCCAUUGUUUAGAUGACUUUAAAAUGAUUGGAGCAAAUGGCUUCCAUGUGUGCUUGGUAUUUGAGUUGCUGGGCCCUUCUCUGCGAUGUCUGAUGAGGAGCCAUGGAGCCCAGGGUCUCCCCUUGCCCUUUGUGAAAAAAGUCCUACAGCAGGUACUGGCAGGGCUGCAGUUCCUGCAUACCAAUUGUCGGAUUAUCCACACAGACAUCAAGCCAGAGAACAUCUUGCUGCAGGUGGAUGAAGAGAGUCUCCAGAAGCUUCUGCAUGACACAGCUGCCUGGAUCCAAAGCAUAGAUCUGGGCCUAAAGAAACCAGGAAUUCUUGCCAAUCAAUUGGAUCAUUACAAUAUAAUGAAAAUGGGAGUGAAAAUUGCAGACCUAGGCAGCGCAUGCUGGACCUACAAGCCCCUUUCCAAAGAGAUCCAGACCCAGCCAUACCGAGCCCUGGAAGUUCUUCUUGGGUUAGAUUACAGCACUCCUGCAGAUAUCUGGAGCACAGCCUGCCUGGCAUUUGAAAUGGCGACCGGCAACCUCCUUUUUGAACCCCAGGCUGGGAAAUAUUUCUCCAGAGAUGAUGAUCAUGUUGCUCGUAUCAUUGAACUCCUGGGAAGAAUUCCUCCUAAAAUUGCUUUCUCCUGGAAACAGUCAUCAAAAUUCUUCAGCGGACAAGGUGCUCUCCUACGGAUUUCCAGGCUUUUCCCCUGCAGUCUGUACAACACCCUAAUGGACAGAUACAACUGGACAAAGCAUGAGGCUGCUCCAUUUACUAGCUUCCUUCUGCCAAUGCUGGAAUACAUACCAGCCAAACGGACAACAGCACUGAAAUGCCUUCAACACCCAUGGCUGAGUAACCAGUGUCCAGAUCAGCCUUGUGACUCCUUCUCUGGAGAUGGAACACAGAAAAUAUUCCACAGGACAUAGAACUCUACCAGAUGGCAAAUCUGUUGAAGAUGCAGGCCAUAGAAUUCAUAGUGGAAUUCAAGCAUUGGCAGCCUUUCUCUCACUGUGUUCCUGUCCUUCACCAGGCUCCAUUUCCCUAACACCAUAAUCCAAGCAGCCUGAUUGAGUCUCACGCUCUUUCCUCAGCAGCUUGUCAUCUGUUCCUAUGGAUCCAUCGCCUCUGUUCCUGAACCUAGGUGCUUUUACUCCAUUACUUUCCCAUUUAUUGCCACAUCUAUGAACCUGCCACCAAUCUGUCUAUGGAGAUGGCAUAACUCAACUUCCAUAUUGAUUUCUGCAGAAGCUAGACUUCCAUUAAAAGAAAAGUUAGGUUUCUAGUCCUCUGUGCAGAGAUCUCUAGCCUGCUGCCUGCUGAAUGUAGAAAGACACAAAUAGCUAAUGCUGUAGCCUUCUCUCUCAGCAGGUAUAGAAGAGCUAAGCACACUGGAACCACUGUAGUUUCUCUGAAUCAGAGUACAGGCAGUGUGAGGAGGCUCCAUAAAGCGGUUUCAUGGGCCGACAGUGGUACUGCUGGAAGCAGAUCUUUAGGCCUAGCCCCCUAACCAAGUAGGGAAUGUUCAUGGGCUCCAUCAGUUACUCUAGAUUUGGAGAAGCUGCCAGGCUUUGGGAAGGAUUUCUUUCCCCUCAAAUCUUAAAUUCUGUGAGAAAAGCCCCUUUGCUUGACUUUUGCCUGGGGCAGGAAUGAGGAAGAGAGGGGACCCACAAGUCUUUUAGUGUGAACUAUCUAAUACAGCAGUUCUCAAACUGGAGUCCGCGAGUCAUGUCCAGGACCGCCAGCCCCGCCAAUCAUCUCCUCCCCAUUCCUCCCAGUACCUCCUGCAGGCCGCAGAACAGCUGUUCAGUGGUGUGCAGGAGGUGCUGGGAGGGAAGGGGAGGAGCGGGGAUGGGGCUCACUUGGG